GAAGAAGAUCAAUAUCAAAAUCAAAAUUCAUUCAUAAAAUGUCAUCAACGAAGAUCACCCUUAAGAGUAACGAUGGUGAGGCCUUUGUGAUCGAUGAAGCGGUGGCGUUGGCAUCACAAACUAUCAAGAAUAUGAUCAAAGGUGGAUGUGUUGAAUGUGGAAUCUCUCUCCUUAAUGUAAAUGGCGAGAUCUUAGGGAAGGUUAUUGAGUAUUGUAAGAAACAUGUUGAGACUGUGAGUUCCGCCGAUGAACUUAAUGCUUGGGAUGCUGAUUUCAUCAAGGUUGAUCUGGUUACGCUCUUGCAACUCGUCAUGGCUGCAAACGAUUUAAACAUCAAGAGCUUACUGGAUCUUACAUCCCUGGCUGCAGCAAAUAUGGUCAAGGGUACGACACCAGAGUUCAUUUGCCAGAUGUUCAAUAGUGAGAAUGAUUUCAGUCCCGAGGAAGAGGGGCCGGUUCGUUGGGAAAAUUAA